GGAAACCCAGUUCGGUUUCAGUCUUGCAGUUGAACGACAGUAAGGAGGAGGGUCAGUUGGGAGAUGGGUCGUUUGAAUUUUUGUUGAGAAAGGGUAGGUUUAUGUUGGACUCAAUUGUGGAACAGCCAUUGCAUAGCUUGAAUGAUUUCUUCGAUUCUAACAAGUUUAUGCUGCUUGAAGCUGAUAUAUUUAGUUUAUUGAAAGCACUAGAUCGUUCGGGCAAUUGGGAAAGAACCCUUUUAUUCUUUGAAUGGGUAGUGUUAAAUUUAAAGUCUUCUAAUGUCAAAAUAGACAAUUAGGUAGUUGAGCUAAUGGUUAGAAUUCUUGGGAGAGAAUCACAGCAUUCGAUUGUAUCCAAGCUGCUCAAUGUAAUUCUGCUUGAGGAUUAUUCUCUUGAUGUUCGAGCAUAUACCACCAUUCUUCAUGUGUAUUCUCGUGCUGGCAAGUACAAAAGAGCAAUCUCUGUGUUUGAGAGAAUGAAGGAGACAGGGCUGUCUUCUACUUUAGUCACUUAUAAUGUCAUGCUUGAUGUUUAUGGGAAGAUAGGUCGCUCUUGGAAUAAAAUUUUAGGCCUACUGGAUGAAAUGAGAAGCAAAGGACUCAAAUUUGAUGAAUUUACCUGCAGUACUGUGAUAUCUGCUUAUGGGAGAGAGGGUCUGCUAAAUGAAGCAAAGGAGUUCUUUGCAAAAUUGAAGUCCCAAGGCUAUGUACCUGGGACGGUUACCUAUAAUGCAAUGCUCCAAGUUUUUGGUAGGGCAGGGAUUUAUUCAGAGGCCUUGAGCAUUUUGAAAGAGAAGGAGGAUAAUAACUAUCCUGCUGACUCUGUAACAUAUAAUGAGCUUGUGGCCGCUUAUGUGAGAGCUGGGUUUAACAAGGAAGGAGCAACCCUAAUUGAGACAAUGAUGCAUAAAGGAGUGAUGCCGAAUGCUGUUACAUAUACAACUGUGAUCAAUGCCUAUGGGAAAGCAGGAGAGGAGGAUCAGGCUUUGAAAUUGUUUGAUAAGAUGAAAGAGUCAGGUUGUGUCCCUAACAUGUGCACUUACAAUGCUGUGCUUGGGAUGAUAAAGAUACUCUGUGACAUGAAAUCAAGUGGAUGUUCCCCUAACCGCAUCACAUGGAACACAGUGCUUGCCAUGUGUGGUGCUUAUGGUUGCUGUGGGUCAGAGAUUAAUGCUACAAAAAUGUAUGAGGAGAUGAUUGAAGUAGGUUUUGUGCCAUGUGCCACAACGGACAAUGCGCUUCUAAAUGCUUUGGCUAGACGUGGUGACUGGAAAGCAGCAGAAUUUGUACUUUUAAUAACCCUUGUUCGUGCAAACUUCAAAUGUGGAGCCCUGGUGGGUACGGAGAGGGCAUUUCAAGAAUUGCGAAGGAGGGGUUAUAAACUUGAUUUGGUUUUGUUCAAUUCAAUGCUUUCCAUUUUUUCCAACAACAGCAUGUAUGAGAAGGCCCAUGAAACAUUUAACUUGAUUCGCUUCAGUGGGCUGCAACCUGAUCUUGUCACCUACAACAGCUUGAUGGACAUGUAUGCCAGGGUGGGAGAAUGUUGGAAAGCUGAGGAAAUUCUCAAAGGGCUACAGACAUCUGGUGGAAAUCCGGACCUUGUGUCUUACAAUACUGUCAUUAAAGGAUUUUGCAGGCAAAGGCAUAUGCAGGAGGCCCUAAGAAUUCUAUCUGAAAUGACAACCAGAGGGAUCCGACCAUGUAUUUUUACUUACAAUACUUUUCUGGUAGGCUAUGCAGCACAGGGGAUGUUCAAAGAAACAGAUGAAGUGAUCAGCGACAUGAUUCAACACAACUGCAGACCAAAUGAUCUUACGUACAAGAUUGUGGUGGAUGGUUAUUGUAAAACAAGAAAAUACAAAGAAGCCAUGGACUUUCUUUCAAAGAUCAAGGAGAUGGAUAGCUUUUUUGAUGACCAGUCGGUACAAAGAUUUGCUGUCCGCAUAAGAGAGAAACUGGAGUCAUGAAUUCUGAAGAUUCCUAUCAUUUUCCUUGCUUCUUGAAGAAAAUACCUGGAUCAAUCUUUGUGGAAUAUUUGACCAACUGACUGGCUUGUUCAUAUUUCUCCUUAGUCAAGUUACCAAUUGCCAGUUAUGUAUUUUGUUUGACUACAUUGGAUUCUCUAAUAGAUUCAGAACUUAACAGAUCAAGAGUUAUCAGCCAUUUGAAUCUUUAACAUUCAGAUAUCUUCAAAAUGAAACCAAAGACAGGCAUCCAUGGUCAUUGGUAACUCUACAGUUUGCUUAGUUGCUGAUGCUGCUUGCCAUUCUUCACCAGCCCUCCGCUCGACUGAGACUGAGAUUGUUAGAAGCUUCAACCUUCUGAACACUUUGUCAAGUUUAGCUGAAAUUUCAUGCCUUGUUGUUCUGUAGCAUAUAUUCUUUUACCAUUUUUUGCCACUGAAUUUGUAAAUCAGUUUAAUUCCUUGUACCUUCCUUUGAGUUGAACAAAAUUAAAGCUACAAA